AUGGAAUACAUCAGUAUAAUUUCACCGGGUUGCUCUUCCUUUCCGUAUCCUUACUCUGCCUCGCCUUUUGCAGGGUCCUCGUCCGGUCACCGCCGCCUUCAGAUCGAGCCGCGCCAGUGCCAUGGCGCUGACGGAGAGCCGGGUGUCUGCAUGUUCAACUUCGAGUGCUACCAGCGCGGCGGCCACGUCGUCGGGACCUGCAUUGAUGGCUUCCUCUUCGGCGCCUGCUGUGACCUGCCUGAGGGAGCCACCUUGCCCACGGAGACACCGGUUGCGGCUGGUGUGGGUCAGCAAGGCAUUGACGAAAACGGAGAAGGGAACGGGGAUAAGAAGGAGGAGGAGGAGAAGCCAGUUAUACCGGAGGUGCCAGCGGAGGUGGACCUCACAGGAUCUGGGCCGGAGAGCGUGGCGGAAGAAGAGGCGACCAGUGGGGGUGCAGCCUCUUCCAGCGGAGGAGCUGCGGGUGGCGCCGUCACCCAGGGCGCCACGACGACGGAGGUUAUUGUUCCGGGCAUCGUCAACGUCCGAGUGCCAGAGGCAUCCGGCCCCGAAGACGAGACUAGUGAGAGCGGGGGACCUGGCGAGACAUCUACUGAAAUGCAGGUUGAAGCAACGAGCGCAAAUAGCGAAGAUGUUCACGAGACAGACGGCAUGGAGGAUGUAAACACCGCCGGUCCGACGGAGCCAUCCGCCAACUCCGAUGACGAAGGCGCUAUGGCGACGGCAGACGACUCUGCGAAUGGAGGCGAUUCUAUGGACGUCGAAGAUAGCACAGUGAAGUCCACGGACGUCACUGAGGCGGAUGAAGUAAGCAAUCAAAUGGAGUCUUCGAUAGACGACCAAGGCGCUCUUCUCACGUCUGUCUCUCUGCUUGAUGCCACUCCACCAGCAACGGAACCAUCAUCGAAGUUCCACUCCGACGUCGAGACGGGAAUACCAGACGUCCUGGCUGAGGGCGGCGUGAUCACCUUCACCAUCGUGGAGAGCGCGGCCCCCACCAGCGAAGGGCCCGGCGCGGACGCGGAGGAGAACACCGAGCAAGUGAUUAUGAUGACCUUGCCUGAUGGCCAAGAUGGCUUUGCCACGCAUGAAAUCGUUAAUUUUGAUGUCACUGAUGCUCUGAACGACGGCGAGGAGAAUACGGAGAACCCCGGCCUGAUGCUUUCGCCUUCAGAUGAACUAUACUUCGAGCCAAAGCCAACGUCCCAUCGGCCGUACGUGCGCCCCGCCAGCGGACAGAAGACUUCGACUUCUGACCCGCUACUCGCCUGGGAGGACGAAGCAACGCCGCCUCCGGUUGAUGUGUCAGCGCAGACGAUCUACGUCCUCUCGCAGACUACAGACGAAGCAGAAGUAGGCAUCCUUACCACAGACAAGCCUCCCGAGCCUACGGUUGUCCCGGACUCCUUGGAAAGAACGUCAACAGAAGCCAUUUCUCUUCUAACCCCACAGACAACCGAAUCGACCACAGAGCCUAUACUAAUCUGGACUCUCUCUCCCCAGCCUUCCAUACUGGAUGCAAGACCUCCUACUUCGGUCAUUUCACAAGUGGAAUCUCACACGUCAGCCACGAUGCCCAAGCCAGCAUCAAAGCCAGCGGCAGAUGAGGAGGAGACGCAGGGCGACAUUCCCCAACCCGCUGCCCCUGUCACGACAAGCAAGCCGCCUCAGAGCACCGAGAAGACGCCCGCCUCGGAGGAAGGGACGCCCGACCUCGAAGACCCUCUCGCCUUCUGGACUACCACACGCCCCAAGAGACCGAGGCCGAGACCGAAACCCACGACGACCGACGAACCUCUGCUCAUCUGGACGACGACAAAGAAGCCGCCGCAGGCCACUACCACAGCCAGCUCUGCCUCCGUCUCCGUGACUCCGGAAGACGAGGACCUCUUCCCCGACCCUGACAUCCCCCUCCAGCCCGCCAUCAUCCCCGGAGACAUCCUCCAGCACAUCACGGGAGACCUCCUACACGGCGCCCAAAACCAGACCACCGCAGACGCCACCACGACCACCCCGUGGGCGUCGUCCACCUACUCCAUUGCGACGGUCAAGUACGAGGACCCGUCCGUCAACACUCUCACCGACGCCCCCCAGCAGAGCACGACCAUGGCGGACGAAGUGACGCUCACGUCCACCUCCCAAGUCGACGCCACGACCACUACGACCACUACGACCACCACGACCAGACCCAAAACAACCACCUCGAGGCCCACGACAAUCACAACAACAACGGAGAGGACGACCCAAGCAACGACAACCAAAAAACGACGACCUACAAUGACCACGACCAGAAGAACAACGACCAGGAGACCGACGACGAAGAAUCCCACACGAAGGCCUCCCAGCAGACGACCAUCGACUAGGAAGCCCUCCACCCAAAGACCCACGACUAGGAGAACGACCGCGAAGCCUCCGAGGACCACGACGAAGGGGGAGUCGACGACCAGACCCACGACGGACGAGCCCAUCUCGCCCAUCGACCAGUUCAUCGUCGACUUCAUCAACUCCUCCCCGCCCGAGGAGCCCUUGACCACCACGGAGACCUCGCCGCCCAUCGACCUCGACCUCUUGGCGCAGGUGGGAUCGUGUGGCGUGCGCCCCCUCGCCCGCGAAGCCAGGAUCGUGAACGGCGAACGAGCGGACUUCGCGGAGUGGCCGUGGCAGGCGCUGAUCAAGGAGUCCACGUGGCUUGGGAUCUUCACCAAGAACAAGUGCGGCGGCGUCUUGCUCAACAGGAAAUACGUCCUCACGGCGGCUCACUGCCAGCCCGGGUUCCUCGCCUCUCUCAUCGUCGUCCUGGGCGAGUUCGACCUCUCGGACGACUACGAGCCCAAGAAAACCGUCCAGCGCAACGUGAAACGAGUGGUCGUCCACAGAGGCUACGUGGCUAAGACCUUCGACAACGACCUGGCUUUGCUCGAGAUGGAGAGACCCGUGACCUUCGACGAGCAUAUUGUCCCCAUCUGCAUGCCUCAAGGGGACGAGAAUUUCACGGGCAUGAUUGGCUUCGUCACGGGCUGGGGGAGGCUGUCCUACGGAGGGCCAGUCCCCACGCAGCUGAACGAAGUAGCAGUGCCAAUUAUCAAGAACAACGACUGCCAGAAGUGGUUCCUGGAGGCGGGCCACAUCAAGAACAUCAAGCCCGAGUUCUUCUGCGCUGGAUACAAAGAAGGAAAGAAGGACUCGUGUGAGGGUGACAGCGGCGGCCCCCUCUCGGUGCAGGGCGAGGACGGGCGCUGGGUCCUGGCAGGCACGGUGUCCCACGGGAUUAAGUGUGCGUACCCGAACCUGCCCGGCGUCUACAUGAAGAUGACCUACUACAAGCCAUGGAUCGAAAGCAUCAUCAAUUAGUGUGCAGAUGAGGGAGAGCAAUCGCGUUCCAGUGAUUCUGAAAUUUGUGUGAGUGAUUGUCGUGUACAGCACCCGAAGACAGUGAGCGAGGACAAGAACUUCUUCAAGACACGCUUUUGUUUUAUUGUUUUGUAGAUAUGUUACUUCUUUUUCCCGUGAUGAAAAGUGGUUUGUCUGCGUUGUUUUUUUAAUGCACGUGAUGUUCUGUGUGUGUUUGUGCGUUAUAUCGGGGCUGGAUACAGACUAGAGUGAUUUCCAUAAUGAAGAUAUCUAUCUGUUUCUGAAAACUUUGUUAGAACAAUGGAAUAUUUGGAACAAGGUGAAGCUUUUUACAUGUGACGUGAAGUGCCACUCGCCAAGAACCACAGCCCUUGAGAUAAUCCAGACAGCAGAGACGUGAAAAAAGAGUGACGUGGCCUUAUAGACCGAAGGAAAAUGAGUAGAAAUAACAGGAAUAUCCAAUCGAAAUCGUCAACAAGUAUCUCCAGUCGAAACCAACUGUUGAAAAACCAAUCUUCACAAAGCCUUAUGUCUGAGUAGGCUGUACAACACGAAUUCGACAAAGAAUGAUUUACAUGAUACCUUUCGGCCAUUACACUAAGACCAUAUGACAAACGACCCAGAUUUAUGUAAUGUCAUAACAGUGACUUCAUGGUAGCACGUUUGGUCGUCUUUGGCAUUAUAUAACGUCUGUUAUGUUUAUUUGACUAUUUAUUUAUUUAUAUGAGCCAUUGUUUAUUUAUUUGAGAGAUUUCAGGUGAACGUGCUCUUGUUUACCUGUAGUUUCGUUUUACGUUUUCUUAUGCAAAGAAAAUAUUAAUAGCUGUUAUUUUAUUAUUUAUUUAGAAGUUAAUACGGAUAAUUAGUAAAGAUGGUUAUAUUUCAACGUAUAGGUUUUUGUUUUGAUGAUAUGAAAUAUACCAAACACUUUUUCAUCCGUUCUUUGUGAUAAUUGUAAUGCAUAUACCAUCCAUUGUGUAAUUUGUAUAUAUUUAUAUUUGAUAUAUAUUUAUUAUCCUAUCUGUUUCAAAUUUAACCGUAAAGCAUUAAGUCAGAAUAACAAUAUUUUAUCACAUCUCAUUUCCAUUUAAAAACGUAAAAAACAUUCUGAUAUCUACUUUAGAAUGCUCUUGAUCAAGAAUUAUCUUUGCCCAAAAUGGUACUGAAAUGAAUUUGGAAAUUAUCGAUUAAUGGUAGGGGACUUGAGUGAAUGAAACCAGAAAACAUGCAUAGAUAGUGAUAACAAAAUAGUAAUUGGGCGCUCAGAUGAAUUUGUGAUUCAAUAAGAUCUGAAUGGGAAGUUGAGUAUUUUUUCGAAAUUGUUAAUAUAAACGUGAUCCAUUGAAGAAAAAUUGUGAUCCCAGUUUUUGUUUUCAUUAUAAUUAAAAAUUGUAUUUUUCCAUUUGAUAUAAAAUCCUUAGUGUUAAUUUUUUUGUAUAAUUACAGGGAAUUCCAGUCAAAUAGCUCAAUAUCACUGAUUUAUUUAUUUCUCAGAUAUCAGCGUUUAGUGCAAUACUUCCUCAGUACUUUAAAUACCCUGUGUAAAAUGUACUAAGGCAAGAACGAACAUUUUGUGGAGAAAUAGAAAUAAAGACUCGAAAACGUGCCAGCCUGCAUUGCCUCUUAUCUCUCGUUAUCUUUCGUUAUCUCGUUAUCUUUCGUUAUCUCUCGUUAUCUUUCGUUAUCUCUCGUUAUCUUAGGCUUGUAUGUGCAUCAGCAUCUGUGAUGAUUUCAAAUGUAUAGCCAAAGAUGCAGAUUGUGACGUCAGUCUAUUAAUCAAUCAAGGAAUUUAUAUAUGAUAGAUUCAGAGAAAUUACGAGAAUAUCGAUUCUUGUACAUUUUUUUCUUGUUUUUAUGCUUGAUGAACAUUUUUUUGUCAUUACUCAUUUUCUGAAAUGGAACGAAAUAAAAUGAGAAGAAAGGGCAAGAUGAAUUGUGAGGAUUGUCUUGUAUUUUCUUUUUUUAAUCCUCAUAUGAAAGUGUGGAUUUUUUGUCUUUGUUUUUUUAAUACUACCAAAUAUUUAAACACGGAAUUGCUCGAUUUUUCCCUUAAAUCUUUUAUUUUUUAUUUUUUACUUCACUAAUUAAUAGUGUAGUAAUUUUUCAAUCAUACUGGAACGUGAUUUUCAUGAAUGGGAAUUUUUUUUCAUCACUAUUAUUAUUGUUGUUUAUAUAUUUUCUUAUAUUGUUGGUAUUGCUAUUGUUGUUGCUAUUGAU